CAUGACGCCGUGAUUGAUAUCCCCCGUGUGAAGCUUUCCCCCUCCCUGGUGAUGCGAUAAUGUCAAUGUCCGCCAAAUUUCUGAGAAGCAGCUUCGUUCCCGCGGUUCGGCGACCUUUUGUUACUUCUAGACCCGUCUCUUCACCGUUCAAUCGCUCCCGCACAAUGGCUACAAAGGAGUUCCUCUGCAUCCUUCCCGACAAGCCCGAUGCGCUUGCCCGGCGCUUGGAGGUUAGACCUACGCAUCUUGAGAAUGCUCAGGGCCACAAGAGCAACGGAAAGAUUGCUGUCGGUGGCGCCAUGUUUGAGAAGGAACACCCUGUCGAAGGCCAGACUCCCGGUUUCAAAGGCAGCGUGAUGAUUUACACCGUCAAGGACGCCGAGGAAGCCUGGGAACUCAUCAGAGGCGACGUCUAUGCUAAGAACGACGUCUGGGACCUCGAGAAGGCUCAGGUCAUCCCGUUCAAGUCAGCUAUUCGCGAGUCCUUGUAAGAUCUUGAUGUCCGAGUAGACGACAGGCUCAUGAGUACCCAAGUUAGAAUCCUAGCAUGAGCACCAAGAGAUGUAGCCCCACCGGGGGUAAACUCUUUUUUUCACUGUGCCGAGAGCAAUCCUCUAGUAGCAUAUUGUGAUCUCAACAGAGAACAGAGCAUUAACAUAGACCACC